AUGCACAAACCUAUCAGGAAUCCCGAAUACAUAGCCUUUUUCAAGGCUCAAAGCGAGGAUGGUUGGCCUCCUCCGGCCCAUAUGAUUGACGCGCUCCUAUCUCUCAUGGACGACCCUUCCCUUCCUGCAUCCAAAGCAGCCCAACAGGCUGCAUCCAUUUACAUCCAACAGUCCGAUCUAAACCCAGAUUACACGUCACUCUGGCCGCUCCUCUUCGACGCGAUUGAGAAGUUCACCGAGCAGAAUGACCGGCUGCUUGAUUUUCUAGUUGAGUUUCAGCGGCUUCCCGAUCAUAACGGAGUUUUUCACCAGCUGAAAGGGCUCACUGAAUAUUUGGUGGAAUUUGUGUUCGAUUAUGUGGAUCACCCAUUCUACGAUACACAACGGGACCAAAAGCGUCAAGGCUGGGUUAACAUCAAUGCCUUCACGGCCAAGCUCCAUAAUACCGGCAUUCGUCCGGAGGGCCGCGGUCAACUCCAUCACGCGAGUUGGGUCUUGAGGAAGACACUCGAGAAAGCCCCAUGGGAAGUAUUUCAUCAUGCAGAUAUCGAGGAAUGUCUGGAUUCGCUACAGAAUGAGUACAUUGAGGAUUAUGAAGGCGAACUUGACGAGGAGUACAACGACAAACGGGAUCAUUUCCUCGAGGAAAUUGACAUACGAACCCUCAACGGAUGGAUCCCGGGUGCAGCCCAAUGGAUCAUGCUUUGUGGGAAAGAAAUCUAUGAGAUGGAGGGUUCUAUGGGCAGGGAAUGGCCCACAAAAUGGACAGGGACCGAGGGAUGGUCGAAAGAGCGAUGGGCCUUCUGGAGACAACGAUUUGAAUGGGCCAGCACGGUGACUGCUCUAGACCGAAAGACGCGACAGCUUGCCCGGGAGAUGGUGGAUGAAAUGAGACGAAUUGAAGAGGGGGAGGCAUAA